UGAGCAAAGAGCCAUGCUGUAGUGGGAUCUCUCUCCAACCAUUCCUGCAGUGUCGCCACUGCUAGCUGCGAGCUAGCUAGAAAUCAAACCCAACGUAAAAACUAAGAAGUAGCUAGAGAGGAAGAAGAUGAUGGAUACAGAAGAUCGCACUGAGAUAAUUAAGGAGGGGAAGGCAGUAGUACUGGAAGGCAUGGCUCUACUCCCGUCUCGGUUCAGGAGGAUAUGCGUCUUCUGCGGGAGCAGCCAGGGCAAGAAGAAGAGCUACCAGGAUGCAGCCGUUGAGCUUGGCAAGGAGCUGGUAGCAAGGAACAUUGAUCUAGUGUAUGGUGGAGGAAGUGUGGGGCUCAUGGGCCUGGUCUCUCAAGCUGUCUACAAUGGAGGGAGGCAUGUUAUUGGGGUGAUUCCCAAGACUCUUAUGCCUAGAGAGAUUACGGGUGAGACAGUAGGGGAGGUGAAAGCAGUGGCAGAUAUGCAUCAGAGGAAGGCUGAGAUGGCCAGGCAAUCUGAUGCGUUCAUAGCACUACCUGGGGGGUAUGGAACACUUGAAGAGCUCCUGGAAGUAAUUGCAUGGGCUCAGCUCGGCAUUCACGACAAGCCGGUUGGGCUGCUGAAUGUGGACGGCUACUACAACUCUCUUCUAUCGUUCAUCGAUAAAGCUGUGGAGGAAGAGUUCAUCAGCCCCUCUGCUCGCCACAUCAUCGUGUUAGCUCCAACACCAAAAGAACUCGUCGAGAAGUUAGAGGCGUACUCCCCUCGGCACGACGAGGUCGUGCCCAAGAUGCAGUGGGAGAUGGAGAAACUGAGCUACUGCAAGAGCUGCGAGAUCCCUGGCCUGAAAGAAGGCAGCAAGGCGACCAUCCAGGCACAACGAGGAAGCAUGCUCUGAACUCUACUGUAGUGGUACUAGCUAGCUAGCCAAGUAGCCAUGCGUGUCGUAGGAGGGGCAGCAAGAAGAUUCAUAUGAAUUGAACCUUUUAUUCAUGUAACUCGGUUUAUUAAGGCGAUUCACCACUGAUCAUGCAUUACAAAUGUACUAGUGUACGUAGUCCUAAGAAUUAAAUCAUCAGUAACAGUAAAAUUUAUAAAUCACAGAGCUCCAGAGCAGCAGACAGACACAGAACGUUCUGGGCU